CCGCCGGGCUGGGGCCGUGCCGCUCGGCGGGGGAGCGGCGGCACCAAAAGCCGCGGCCGGGAGCGCGACGCGCAGAUCGGGAGCGAGCGGCGGAGUCGCCGCGGCUGAGAGGGAGAGGCAGAGACAGAGCGGGGCGAGAGGCGGCGGCGGGGCCGGGGAUGCCGCCCCGCAAGUUUUGUUGAUGCCACGGGGAGCGUGAGGAGGCGCCCAGCCCCGCUCCUCAACCUGCCUGCAGCCGAACAGCCCGGCGGCGGGGCAGGACCGUCCUCCGCUAUGGGAUACUGAAGCCCCUCGGCGCUGCCUCCGGCCGGGGAUGCGGCGCGGACGGCGGAGGAGGCUGCCGGAGCUGCCGGCGGCGCCUCUACGGGGCUGAAGGGCCGCCCAGGAGCGGGGCUCAGCCCGAAGUUGCCGAAGCUCUCCCGCUCGUCAGCGCCGCCGCCCCUCGCCGCCUUCCCUCUCUCCUCCUUGGCCGCCGCCGUGCCCCGGGACGCCGCCGGUGGAUGCAGUCGCGCCGCGGCGUUCCCCGCCGGCCUGAAGGAGGACGCGGGGCGCUCGGCGGGCCCCAGCCAUGGGGUGUUGCGACGCGAGGGGUCUGCUCUGGAGAUUCGGCCUCUUCCUCCCCCUGCUGACGGCGCGCCCCGCGGCCGGCGGACACGGCGCCUCCAACCAAGUUGUGCUGCUUGAUACUACAGCUGUCCUUGGAGAAUUAGGAUGGAAAACAUUUCCUUUAAAUGGGUGGGAUGCCAUAACUGAAAUGGAUGAACACAAUCAUCCCAUUCAUACCUAUCAGGUCUGUAAUGUGAUGGAACCAAACCAAAACAACUGGCUUCGAACAAACUGGAUUUCCCGUGAUGCUGCACAGAAAAUUUAUGUGGAAAUGAAGUUUACCCUGAGGGACUGCAACAGUAUUCCAUGGGUAGUGGGAACCUGCAAGGAAACUUUUAAUCUCUACUACAUGGAAUCAGAUGAGUCUCAUGGAUUAAAAUUCAAGCCAAACCAGUACACUAAAAUUGAUACUAUUGCGGCUGAUGAGAGCUUUACUCAGAUGGACUUGGGUGAUCGCAUUCUUAAACUCAACACAGAAGUUCGUGAGGUUGGGCCCAUAAACAAGAAAGGAUUUUAUCUUGCAUUUCAGGACAUCGGAGCAUGUAUUGCUUUGGUCUCAGUCCGUGUUUAUUACAAGAAGUGCCCUUUCACAGUCCGUAACUUGGCCGUGUUUCCUGAUACUAUACCAAGGGUUGAUUCUUCCUCUUUGGUGGAGGUGCGGGGCUCCUGUGUGAAGAGUGCUGAGGAACGUGAUACUCCAAAAUUGUAUUGUGGAGCAGAUGGGGAUUGGCUUGUGCCUCUUGGACGAUGUAUCUGCAGUGUAGGAUAUGAAGAACUGGAAGGUUCCUGUCAUGCUUGCAGGCCUGGAUUCUAUAAAGCAUUUGCUGGAAACGUAAAGUGCUCCAAGUGCCCUCCACACAGUUCGACCUAUGUUGAAGCAACUUCAGUCUGUCAGUGUGAGAAAGGCUACUUCAGAGCUGAGAAGGAUCCACCAACUAUGGCAUGUACCCGGCCACCUUCUGCUCCCAGGAAUGUGAUAUUUAACAUCAAUGAAACAGCUCUCAUGUUGGAAUGGAGCCCACCAAGUGAUACCGGAGGAAGAAAAGAUCUCACUUACAGUGUCAUCUGUAAGAAAUGUGGGUCAGAUGCCAGCCAGUGUGAAAUAUGUGGGGGAGGAAUCCGCUUCAUCCCCAGGCACACAGGUCUCAUCAACUCCUCCGUGACAGUGCUGGACUUUGUGUCACAUGCAAACUACACCUUUGAAAUCGAGGCCACAAAUGGUGUCUCGGAGCUGAGUUUCUCUCCCAAGCAGUUCACAGCUAUCACAGUCACCACAGACCAAGAUGCACCCUCCUUGAUAGGUAUGGUAAGGAAGGACUGGGCUUCCCAAAACAGCAUUGCCCUCUCCUGGCAAGAGCCGGACUUUCCCCAUGGAGCCAUUCUGGACUACGAGAUCAAGUACUAUGAGAAAGUCUACCCACGGAUAGCGCCGGCAUUUUGGCACUACCUGCGGGUAGAAGAGCAUGAGCAGCUCAGCUAUUCCUCCACAAGGUCCAAGGCUCCAAGUGUUAUCAUCACAGGUCUCAAGCCAGCCACCAAGUAUAUAUUUCAUAUCAGAGUCAGGACGGCAGCAGGAUACAGCGGCUAUAGCCAGAAGUUUGAAUUUGAAACUGGAGAUGAAACUUCUGAUAUGGCUGCAGAGCAGGGACAGAUUCUCGUGAUUGCCACUGCUGCUGUUGGUGGAUUCACUCUCCUGGUCAUCCUCACUUUGUUCUUCCUGAUCACUGGGAGAUGCCAGUGGUACAUAAAGGCCAAAAUGAAAUCUGAAGAGAAAAGAAGGGCUCAUUUGCAAAAUGGAAAUUUACAUUUCCCAGGAAUCAAAACAUACAUUGAUCCAGAUACAUAUGAAGACCCAUCUCUUGCUGUCCAUGAAUUUGCAAAGGAGAUAGAUCCUUCAAGAAUUCGCAUUGAGAGAGUUAUUGGGGCAGGUGAAUUUGGGGAAGUAUGCAGCGGACGCCUGAAGACACCAGGAAAAAGAGAGAUCUGUGUGGCUAUCAAGACUCUAAAAGCUGGUUACACUGACAAGCAACGGAGAGACUUCCUGAGAGAAGCUAGUAUAAUGGGUCAGUUUGAUCACCCAAAUAUAAUUCGUCUUGAAGGAGUUGUUACAAAAAGAUCCUUUCCGACCAUUGGGGUGAAGUCUCUUUCGAGAUUCCUGAGGGCGGGAUUUUUAAAUAGCAUCCUGACCUCACAUCCAGUCUCAGGGGGUGGAUCUUUACCCCCCAGCAUUUCCUCUGGCAGACCAGUUAUGAUUGUAGUUGAAUACAUGGAGAAUGGAUCCCUUGACUCCUUUCUGCGGAAACACGAUGGCCACUUCACAGUCAUCCAGCUGGUGGGCAUGCUGCGGGGAAUUGCAGCUGGCAUGAAGUACCUCUCAGACAUGGGCUAUGUGCACCGGGAUCUGGCUGCCCGCAACAUCCUGGUCAACAGCAACCUGGUCUGCAAAGUGUCUGACUUUGGCAUGUCCCGUGUCCUGGAAGAUGAUCCUGAAGCAGCUUACACAACAAGUGGUGGAAAAAUUCCCAUCCGGUGGACUGCUCCUGAAGCUAUAGCUUACCGCAAGUUCUCUUCAGCAAGCGACGCGUGGAGCUAUGGGAUUGUAAUGUGGGAAGUGAUGUCCUAUGGUGAGAGACCAUACUGGGAGAUGUCCAACCAGGAUGUCAUACUGUCUAUUGAAGAAGGUUACAGGCUACCAGCUCCCAUGGGCUGCCCAGCUUCUCUUCACCAGCUCAUGCUUCACUGCUGGCAAAAAGAGAGGAACCACCGCCCAAAAUUUAGUGAUAUUGUCAGCUUCCUGGACAAACUGAUCCGCAAUCCAAGCACCCUUCAUACCUUAGUGGAGGACGUACUUGUAAUGCCAGAUUCACCUGGUGAAGUUCCAGAAUUUCCUUUGUUUGUUUCAGUUAGUGACUGGCUGGACUCCAUAAAAAUGGGUCAAUAUAAAAGUAACUUCAUGGCAGCAGGUUUCACAACUCUGGAUAUGGUUUCAAGAAUGAGUAUUGAUGACAUUAGAAGAAUUGGAGUUGUACUCAUUGGACACCAGAGACGAAUAGUCAGCAGUUUACAGACUUUGCGGUUACACAUGAUGCACAUACAGGAGAAAGGAUUUCAUGUAUGAAAGUACUAGAAUCAACUGUGUUUUGUGCCUCAGCAUUUCUAAAACGGAAUAUAUUCUCAUUCUUCCCUUCUGCUCUUCUCGACUUCAAGAACUGCAGUCUUCUGGUUAGACUCCAAAAGUACUUCUAUGUUAAUGCUUCCAAACUGGAAUUUUUAAUCACACUGCAUAGUUCCUCCGUCAGUUAUCUGCCAAUAAAAUCCUGACCUACUACGAGACUUGCUACACAUUGAUGGAUAAUAACUCAGCAACUCAGCAUGGAUGUGUAACUUUGUAUAACAGUAUUUGGGAAACUUUCACAAACUUACUUGAAAGUAGUAUUCCAUUUGGCCUGGUGUGGCUUCUUUAUCGAUGUAUUUAGAGUUUGCUGGUAGAUCAAAACGUAUUUGACUUCUUUCAUGUUCUGUGACCAUGUAACUUUCCAAUACCAAAUGUGCAAUCAAGAAGUUUCACAUAAAUAUUUAUUUUAUCUUCUAAUUAAAUUAAAAUGUAUGGGUCCUAUAGUUACAUUACUUUAUAAUAGUUUAAAUGCUGGUAAGCCGGUGCCUCAAAAUGUGAGCAUAGUUUGCAAAAAUGACAGGUGAUUUUAUGUAGUGAGUUUUCAUUGUAUUGGAAUUGGGAGGACAGUGAGAGAAAUCUGGCUGUUAUCUUCAGGUCUUUGAUUCUGAAUUACUUUAGCACUCGACAGUUUUUAUGCUUUAAAUUUUAGACAAGGUCAGAAUAUUUAUUCAGCCCUAGAUAUUUUUCUUUCUUUUUUUUUCUUUCUUUUUGAAUAGUCAGCAUUUGCCUUUACUCCGUGGCAAAUUGUCACUAGAAAGCUGAUUGUAAUGUUUCCAUAACUACAUGUAAAACAUGGUUGUCAGCUAUACUGUGGUCACAUAGACUUCAGAAAGUUUUCUGUUCCAAAAAUGUAGGCCUCCGCAGCUUGAACUAAGUGUCAUUUUCACCAGUGGUAGUAGACUUAGAGAGCCAACCAUCAGUGCAGUGCUGGAGCAGGUCAGUUGUAGCAUUAUCUAAUUGAAGGUAGUGGUAUAGCCACAAACUAAUGCUGGAAGUUACACUCUGUGGUGUUCAGUUUUAUUGUGCAUAGGCAGAAAAGGAGACAUAGGACAGCAGUGUAAUAAUAUGUUGCCUUGAGUCUACUUCUGACUGCUUUUAGAAGUGAAAAGCAGACUCUGCUGAAAUGGAGUUCUGGUUUCUGUGGGGGCCAGAUCUUCAUUUAGUACAAAUUCCUAAACAACAUCAAAGAUCAUUACUUUUAGAACUCUUCAAUAGCCAUAUUUACAUGCAAGAAAAAUGGCUGCAAAGGCCUAACAUAAUAUUUGUACCUCUGUAAGAUUUACAGCUUUCAUGUUUUAUUCAGACAGCUUACACAGAUGUGCUGGGCUACAUUUCCAAACUAUUGCAUGAGACAUGCGCUGCUAGGAACAGGGACACAAGCACGUGUCUGUGAGCUGGAGAAGUCUCACGCAGAUCUACAUGCAUGUCACAUGUAAACUGGGUGCAGAUGCUUUUGUUAAUUUAUACAUAGUUUGGAGGACAUUCUUAAGUUACAUGGCAGUUCGAUAUACUUAAACAUUACUAAUCUUCAGUUAAAUUGUGCGUUUGGGUAAUUACUAUAAUAUAUGUGUAUAUCAAAAUGAAUUAACUACGUUAUGUAAUCAUAAUGAUAUUUAGUGCUUUAUUUACAGCUUGUAAAUCAAAUUGUAUUUCCUGACUCUCAAAAAGGCUACCAUUGUAUACUGGUGGCAAAGAAGGAAAAGCAGAAAGCAACUCAGAAAAGAUUAGGCUUCCAAAUGGUUCACAGAGUAAGACAUGCUAGGCCUGAUUCACUGUUGUUACCUUAUGUUGGAAGAACUUCAUUAGUUUAAAUGGAAUACCAGUAGUGAAGUGCAGAAAAUUUUCUUUCUUCUGUUAAAAAGCAAAACAACAGAUUUAAAUGAAGAAAGAGUUUUCAGAAGAUAAGGAUUCACCAGUUUUCUGAGAUAUCAAAUUGAUAAGCAUGCUUAAAGAAGGGCAGUGCCAGUCUUGUUUUAGCUACAAAGAUAAUUUUAUCAGCGUAGGUAGUCCCACUAACCUCAGUUUGAUCAGUUCUCCCCCAGUUCCAAAUCUGAGUUUUUAGAGGUUGGUUUUUGUUGUUUUUUUGGUUUUUUUUUGGAAGAGUUCCCUUAGAGAAAUAAAAUCAUACUUACCUGAAACCUUAAAAAUAAACCAACAUCACAGAGUAAUUCAAGACCUGAUUUUCCUUUAUUAUUUCAUUUUCUAUUAUGCCAGUCAUUGAUUUUAUGGCCAUCAAUGUGAUAUCUGUGAAAGGAGCCUCUCACAUUUAAAUUUAUUACUGAGGAGAUAUGAGUCUUUUAUUUGUUAAUGGAGUUUCAAAAUGUCUCAUAACUAGACCAGGCCGUAAGUGUUCACUUUUAAAUUCUCCUUUGCACGUUUAUUCAUUCUUGGUAGUGUGCACACAAAGCAGUGUGUUACAUGCACACAACCUGGAUAUAUUUCAUGGAAAUUAAUUUCCAAAUUUAUCACACUACUGAAAAUGUAUUUUCAAAUAAUAUAUAAAAACAGUAGAAAAACAUGUAGUAAUCAGAUCUAUUUUUUAUAUGAAUAAGAAUUUGGGUAACCAGAAAGAAAAGAAGAAGGGAUUUAAGUGAGAAUAUUUAUUAAAAACAUUAUAAAUCCAGGCUUUCUUGGGUUUAUAUGGUUUGAGUUUUUUGUUUUGGUGGUGCAAUGUGACACUUUUAUAAUAGUUGUUCUGAUCAAAUUUACUUUAAUUCCAUUUUGGAAACAUUGGAUUUGCUCUUAUUAUGUUUCUAACCCUACUCUUCCAUUUUAUUCAACACAAAGGAAAAUGCUAGUGUUAUUUAUGGCUGUUUAUCUUUUUGUUCAUUUAAAAACAAGAACAAACAAACAUGGUGUUUUUUGCAAGGCACAAGUAUAAAUGUGAAAUUCAGCUAACUUUACUUAUUGCAGGGAAUACUUUCUUCAGGUGAAAAUUACUUCAUUUAGUUAACCUGCAUAUCAUAGUGUGCAGUUACUGAUUAAAUUUAACAUAUUCAAGUAAAUCUAAAAACACUGCACAGUGUUUAAUGACUAAAAGAACUCACCAGAAACUCAUGAAAUAAAGACCGCAUGAUAUGCAAGCCCACUAAAAAAAUGAUUAAAAUAUGGACAUAAGGAAACAGUUCCAAGCUUGUUAUUUACAAGUCAUAUCCAUGUGCAGGCUUUUCUAAGAGACCUGGCAGUCAUGCAUCUAGAACAAAUCCAUCUGUACUGUUAUCACUGCCUUUGCACAAGUUAAGUCUUCAGAAGAUAGCUUUAGUGAGGGCCUUUGCUGGGCAAGAAAAUUGGGUUAGCAUCUCUUGGUCAACAUGUGUACUACCUAGUUGUCCAUCUUAUGCUGACCACAGUGCUUCCCAAGUUGACUGACAAGCAUCUUAAAUGUUCAUGCAACCAAGCGGGGCAGUCAUCAGUUUAACAUGGAAACUCAAGCCAUCCCCAUGUGAUGGAAACCCAGAACCCUGAGACCUAUUUGGGGGAAAAUUUUCCCCCAAAUAGAAGAUGGUUUCUUCUGACACAGGAUUCAUACUAUACCACUUUAAGACUUGUAAGACUCACUAUCAAUUUUCCAUGUUUAUAGAUAUACUGAGCCUAAUCCUCAGCUCUAUGAAGUUCUUCUUCAAUACAGAUUCAUAGAGAGUCCAAACAUGGGUCAUAAAUAUCAAGAAGAUGCCCUUUAUUCAGGUGCAGUAGAGAUUAUGUGGAACAGCUGGGACUGUGGAGGUACCUAGUAAGAGGGUAUUUACCACAGCAAUUCCCAUGUGAGAAUGACCCUGUGGAACUAUGUCAGCCACCAAAAUAAGGAAGUGUAUAAUGUCGUUUAACAUGCACUGAAGGCCAGUUACUGCACUUCAGGUAUCAGCAUUGCAAAUUCAAGCAUGUUUUCAGUUAUUGUAACUCAGUUGAUUGAAUGAAUGGUUCUGCAAGACUCAUCCUGGCAGCUGAAAAUUUCUCCUGUGAACACACAAUGCCUGUAACUACCCCUUCACAGGCUCAGUCUAUCUUGGCAUAUAUACUGCAUAGAUUGGGAAGGAGGGCUCACUUCUAAUCCAGUCUAAUACAUCUUUUAUAGAAACAAAAUAGUAUUAAUAAAAAGGUUUUGGUCUAUUGCAUCUCCUAGGAAAAGUAUUAAAAAUUGAGAUACUUCAUUUAUCAUGGCAUUUGUGCAUGGUUGAAGAGUACUGUAUUCUGUUAAACAGAUUUCUUUAGGAAUGCCCUUGCUCCCUAAUUGUAAUUGAUCUUUCCUGAGUAAAUUGCAAAGAUAAUAUUUUUUUUUCUUUAUUAACAGUACUAUUUUAUUUUAUUUUUAAUAGUAAGAGAGAGAUCUGUUAGGUUGGGAUAACUCCAAGUACUGCAGUGAUCUUGAAAUCUCUCAGAGACCAAUGAAUCAGGACUGAAAAGAGACGGGAAAAAUCUCAAAGGAUUAGAAUAAGGUGAGAGAAAAAAAAAAAAAGCUGUCUGUAUUGCGCCAAGGAGUUCUAACAAAAACAAAAGAAACGGCAUAAAAACAGUUCCAUGUUUUUAGAGUCCACAAAGAUCUUCUCCCAUCAUAUACUGUGCACUGCUCAUCUGUGAAUGCUAUGGUUGUACAUAGAUCCUCAGAUUAUGGACUAGGAGAUACUGAGUACAGAAUAGAUAUAAGAAAUAUAUGGAUGUGUAUAUAAAGAAUUGUAAAUACGAUGUAUAUCAUAAUGCCUGAGAUUUUUCAAGCAUACAUAAAUUAAUUAUCUGGUUCUCCAUAAUGGUAAUGGGGUUGAUCUUCUCCACUGGCCCUUAAAAUUUUAAGCUUCCCAAGCUUCCUUGGCUUGUUGUCUAGAAAUGGAUGACAGCCUCUCUCUUCCUCCCUUCACAGGCAGACAAAAUAAAAAAAGAAAAAGAAAAAAAAAAA